CUGGCGAGCCGGCGCCGGUCGAGCUAAGAGAGCCGCCGAGAGCACCGUCCGCCGCCGCCCCGGGAGCUGCUCCGGCCGCACCAUGCGGGAGCUGGCCAUCGAGAUCGGGGUCCGAGCCCUGCUCUUCGGGGUCUUCGUUUUUACGGAGUUUUUGGAUCCAUUCCAGAGAGUCAUCCAGCCAGAAGAGAUCUGGCUCUAUAAAAAUCCUUUGGUGCAAUCAGACAACAUACCUACCCGCCUCAUGUUUGCAAUUUCUUUCCUCACACCCCUGGCUGUUAUUUGUGUGGUGAAAAUUAUCCGGCGAACAGACAAGACUGAAAUUAAGGAAGCCUUCUUAGCGGUGUCCUUGGCUCUUGCUCUGAAUGGCGUCUGCACAAACACUAUUAAGUUAAUAGUGGGAAGACCUCGCCCCGAUUUCUUUUACCGCUGCUUUCCAGAUGGAGUGAUGAACUCAGAAAUGCACUGCACGGGGGACCCCGAUCUGGUGUCCGAGGGCCGCAAAAGCUUCCCCAGCAUCCAUUCCUCCUUUGCCUUUUCUGGCCUCGGCUUCACGACGUUCUACUUGGCGGGCAAGCUGCAUUGCUUCACUGAGAGCGGGCGGGGGAAGAGUUGGCGGCUCUGUGCCGCCAUCUUGCCCCUUUACUGCGCCAUGAUGAUUGCCCUGUCCCGUAUGUGUGACUACAAGCACCACUGGCAAGAUUCUUUUGUUGGUGGAGUCAUUGGCCUCAUUUUUGCAUAUAUUUGCUACAGACAGCACUAUCCUCCUUUGGCCAACACAGCUUGUCACAAACCCUACGUCAGCCUCCGGGUCCCGACGUCGCUGAAGAAAGACGAGCGGCCCACAGCUGACAGUGUGCCCAGCAUGCCCCUGGAAGGUAUCACCGAAGGCCCUGUAUGACUAGGGCCUCAGGAGGAUGGACGUUGAGCCCAGGGCACGCUCUUCCACCCCGGCAUCGUAACACAGCAGAAGAGGUUUUCUGUAGUGUGUUUCUCAUCCGUUGUUUCUCAAAAUUCUCCUUCUGCUUCCAUUUUGCUGGUGGUAUUCCUGCUACUUUAAAUGUGUCUUCUCAACUUUCUUGAAUUUGCAAAGGAAGGACGCAGGAAGAAUCUCAGAGAGACAUAUGGAAGGAAGCCGCAAGGACAGGGCGGGUGUAACUUGGUCCGUUCCUUUACCUGCAAUGUUCACUGUUAACAGCCACCGUCCUAUGUUUUCAUGGUCGUAAAACAUAAUAAAACCUCCCACCUGG